CAAAUACUAACAAACAUCAGUGCCUUCUGUUUUUAUCCAAAAGGUUUCUGGUUUCUUCCUCCUCUUUUAAAUCGAAAUAACUAAGCCAACAUAGCGCAUUAAACUUCAAAGUGAGAAUUAAUUAGCAAUUGAUUAAGCAUGAUACUGGUGGCAAUAGUGGCGGAGCUGCUGGAGGAGUACACGGUGGUGGUGGCACGUGUGCUGGAGCACGUGCUGCAAGACGCGCCGCUGCCGUUCCCGCGGCGGGUUCGUUUCCUCAUCCUGCGCAAUCUGCCUUUCGCUUCUCCGCCGUCUGUCCCCUUCCGCCUUCAACAUAGAUCUACUGCUGCUCCAGCUUAGCAUUGUUCCACCCCACUCAGUUUUGUAUGUAUAUAUGCGUAUUUGUGUAUGGUUUUUCCUUUCCUUUCGGCAAUAAAUAUGACAACUGCUCUAAUUCUGGAUGGGAGUUGAGACUUCAAAUGAGCCUUCUUUUCUAAUGUUAUUUGUAAUUUAUUGAUGAAAGAUCCCAUCAUUUAUAUUGGGUUGGUUUUGGAGUAAUUUGUUGAUAGUGUAUAUUUUUCACGCUUUUUUGCACUUGUGAGAUCUAAUGUACGUCGAUUGAUAUCC